UAAACCAAAACCCGAGCCCCGAGACGAGACGGCGACACCACACUCAACCAACAGUCGCGCACCAGCAGAGGAGGAGGAGGAGCCGAGGAGGAGGAGGAGGAGGCGCCCCACCUCACGCGGCGGCGCGGGCCCAGGCGGUUGUGAGCGGCGGCCUCGGCGGCGGUGAGGAGGAGCGGAGAGAGGAGAGAGAGAGAGAGAGUCGCGGUGUCGUCAGGGUGAGAGGAGUCAGAUGCGUGCGGAAUGGGGAAGCCCGUCGAUGUGGAGCUCGGCGGCGCGGGAGGCCUCGAGAUCGCCGGCGGAGGAGGGGGACGAGUGUGGGCCGUCUCCCGGGCGAUCGGCCGCGCCGCGUCGUUCCGGUGCGUGUUCGUGCUCGCCCUCUCCGUGGGGGUCCUCGUCCCGACGCUGCUCCUCCUCGUGCCCACCCGCGGGCACGGGUUCCUCUCCGACGACCCCGACGUGCUCGCAGCUGAAAUCCAGGUUGGUUUUACCUUGGAAAAGCCAGUGUCAUUCCUUGCUGCUCACAGGGACAAACUAGGGGGUGACAUAUAUGAAGAGAUCGGUGUACCUAAUAGCAAGGUUUCCAUUGUUUCAAUGAGCUCUUUGACCUCUAAAUACUCCACACAUGUGGUUUUUAGUGUUCUUCCUUCUCCAAAAGAUGCCUCAAUAAGUUUGCCUGCCCUAAGUGUGCUGAGAUCAUCCUUAAUAGAGAUGAUGCUAAAUCAGGUGAACCUAUCGUUGACACCAUCACUUUUUGGCCAUCCAUCUUCUGUUGAGCUGUUGAGGUUCCCCGGAGGAAUCACUGUAAUUCCUGAGCAGUCUGGUUAUGUAUGGGCGGAUCCUCUAUUCAACUUUGUGUUGAAUAAUUCCAUUUAUCAGAUCUUGGGUAAUAUUACAGAGCUAAAGGACCAGCUGAAGCUUGGAUUGAACUUGUCCUAUGAGAAAGUAUAUUUGCAGUUCAGGAAUGAGAUUGGUUCUUCAGUUGAUGCCCCAGCAACCAUUGAGGCCUCUGUGCUAGACGGGAGCAGCACUGUUUUGCCAUAUAGUAGAUUGAAACAGCUAGCUCAGCUAAUAAAAGAACCCAAUGCAAGAAACCUUGGGCUUAAUCACUCUGUAUUCGGUAAGGUAAAAGGUGUUCAGCUUUCAUCAUACCUGCAGCGCUCAAUCUCAGAUUUAUCUCCGAGCCCAUCUCCUUCACCAUCUCCAUCCCCUUCUUCAAGUGUACCACCAUCUUUGUCGCCAUCUGGCAGCAUCCAUUACCCUACACCUCCAACAUAUAUGAACCCAAGUCUUCCUCCUCAAGCAUUCCCCCCUCUUCCUGACAGAAAUCCUUGCUUUCCAUGUUUUAAUUGCAACCACUUCCCUCCAGCUGGUAACCCAACGGGAAAACCACCCUGUUUUGGUAGAGACCCUAAGCUACCACCAUUUAUACACUCGCUGCAGCCAUCUGUUGCUCCUUCCCCUCCACCUACGGAAUCAUAUCUUUCGCCAACUUUUCAACCAAUUCCUGGGCACGCAGAUCAUCCCCACCCUGUACCAACUCCCAAUCAUUUACCUGGUGCAGCCCCUGGACCAACUUAUCAAAUGAUGCCAAUACCUUCACCAUCAUUGCCUGUGUUUAGACCUUCAGUGCCUCCAUGGAAGAAACGAAAAAAUCAACCAGCCAAGUCUCCCCCGUCAAUUGCUCCUUCCCCAUAUUUUCUCCAUUCCUGAAGUGAGACUUGGCUGGUGCCCUAGACUGUUUGCCAUCCAUUAUCUACAGAGUAAUUCAGUGUGGAAGGUCACUGUGGUUGCAAAUUUUGUUGCUUGAAACUUCUUGAAGCGCGGAUGCAAUCAUGAGCAAUCGUACUGCAAAAGGCAGGUUUUGCUUAUCGGUAACUUCUAACUGUUUGGUGGAUUCCGGCACAUCAGAGUUCGAGUAUAACUGUAGAUAUAGGUCUGUACUCCGUAUUAUGCUAAUUUACUAGGGCUUUUAUGUCACGAAGGUGACUGCCCUACACCUUUACCAGAAACUAAGUUCUCACUAAAGGGCUGAGCACUUAUGGUAGAGGAUGUAAUGACUUACCAUAGUCAAAUUGAUAGUGUAACACUAUCUUGCAAUACAAAACUUUUCUUUUCAUGUCACAUCAACGUACAGAGCAUAAGCAUAAUACAACACGUAAACACCCAUCUUUCUGCGAUAUUUCUUGUGUGUUUAUUUU